AAGCAUUGACUAUUAAAGAAUGGCAUGAGUAUAUAUUGUUCAUCGUUUACCACUCUACAGAAGAUAAGAAAUUUAUCUUUAAAUUGGAUUCGCAGCAAUUUGUCUUCUUCGCUAAAGUAUAGUAAUAAUUAAAAUUUCAUCUUUUGUACGAGAAGUGAAAAUUGCAUGUAAAGUCGUCAUUAAUUUAGUCAAUUAUUUUCGAACAGGGAUACUUCGAUUUCAUAAAUUGCAUGACGUCUGUUUCGGUCGUCAUCGUCCAAAAAUAUCAAAGGGUUUUGUCGUGUGAAGAUCGGUCAAUGUGCAAUCGUAAAAACUAAACUGUUUUAUUCAAUACAAAAUUGUAUUUGACGUCGUUAUAAUGGAUAAAACAAUAUCGAUAGGCGAUGGGUGGGAGCUUCCACCACUUCGUAGUUUGUACGAUUUUCUUUUGGAAUCUUCACGUUUUCAAUUGCCUAAUUUUAGAGAUUUCGAAAAAUGGGGCAACAGAGUAGUGAACAAUCUUGUAUAUUAUCAAACUAAUUAUCUUUAUAUGUGCAUUGCUAUUUUAUUGGUUGUAGCAUCAGUAAAUCCAAUGAAAAUGAUUGUCGGUAUAUCAACAGUUAUAGCUGUAUGGGGUGAAUGUAUUUAUUUGUUUAAUGAAAGAGAAUCAUUACUCAAAUUUAAAAGAACUUAUCCCCAAGUUGGAGUAAUUCUUACUAUUGUUUGUGCAUCUUAUGCUAUUUAUACUAUAAAUUCGGUACUUUUUGUAUUAUUUGGGAUUUUGCUGUCAAUUUGUGUGACUUUUAUACAUGCAUCUUUAAGAUUAAGAAAUGUGAAGAAUAAACUUGCUAACAAGAUAGAAGGUAUGGGAUUCAAGCGUACACCAAUGGGAGUUGUCUUAAAUUAUUUUGAACAUGCAAGUGGUAUAACCUUACGUACGCAAACGACGUAUGUUCAAUCGCUUCAUUAAUAAUCUGCUUCAUACAACAAAUUGUAACAACGUUUGGCAGUGAAUGUGUGUCAAUAAUAUUUGGAUGCUAUCUAAAGUCACAGAAAAAUAUGUCUGGAUAACUAGGUGAGAAUAUUACAUAUUUUAAAAAUUUCAUAAAUUUGUAAAGAAUCAAAUUACAGCAUUAAUUUACUUAAAUAAGAAUUAUUUUAAUUAUAGUAUUCAUUAUUUAUAAUUAUAAAGUAAUAAUUGUAUUUAAAUAUAGUACUUAAUUUUUAAAUAUAGUAUUUUGACAAACGAAUAUAAAUCGCAAAUAAACUAUAAAUUAUUCUAAAUAUCGUUAUCUUAAAAAUAUGAUAUUUACUGGUGAGUCAUUUUAAACAUACAUUUAACAUAAAUUGUAUUAAUCAUAUGUAUAAUUUCAUAUGGAGUAAUGUAAAUAAAUAAUUUAUAUUAUUUAUACAAUUUAAUUUUAGAAUUUAAUGCCAAAGCAUAAUUUUUUAUUUAAAAAUAUAAAUAAAACUUAUUUAUUUAUGCCAAAAUAAACUUCUUUUUAAUAACGAAAGAUUAUUGAUGAGAAGUUUAGAAAAUUUUUGAUACGGAAUAUGCAAAGAAAUAUUAGAAAAUAAAUGUAUAUGUACUACAACAGUAUAGAAAGCAUAACUGAAAUAUUGUCUCACGUAAAAAGAAAAAAACAUAUUAAAAUUUUUCAAAAUUUAUAUUAUUACAUUAUAAUUUCUACCAUUUAAAAUGAAGAUCAUAAUUUGAUUUUUAUUUGUAUAAAAAACAGUUAAAUUGUUAUAGUUCAUUUUACUAUACAUUUGAUUUGAGAUAUAUAACCGAACUGCAACUAUUAUAACGAUAGUAUUGAAUGUUGGUAAAUAUGAUACAUAAAUGAUAAUUGAAUAUAUAUUUGAUGAUAUAUUUCUAUAUGUUUUAAGAUACGUAAUAUUUGUUGAACUUAUGAUAUAUUCCACAAUGCAUUAGUUAAAACGAAAUGCUCGCGUUAUAUUUUAUCUGUAAUAGAACACAACAUAUUUAAACAUCGCGUCAUUUAUUAAUACGUACAGAUAUACUUACCUAACAAAUCACUAUAUUUUUGUUAUAAAUACUGUAUUUGCUGGAAAUAAAAUUGUAUCCGAUAAAU